AUGGUUCAUGUCAAGUCUUUCGUGCUUGCAGCCUCGGUGCUAUCGUCGGUUGCUACUGUGUCUAGGGGUCAAACUCACGACAACAAGCAUAGCCAGCCGAGGAGCAGGCCCGAUGUUCAGUGCCAUCCUAAGCAUCCGUCGAAGCCGAUUCCGUCGUCACCGCCGCGGACCAAGACUUGCUAUGUUGACAGCAACGGGGAUGGCUCAGAUGAUUCGCAGAACAUCCUGAAGGCGAUCCACAAAUGCAACCCGGGCGGACAUGUCGUGUUCUCUGCCGACACUACGUACAUCAUCGGGACCGCUCUGGACCUGACCUUCUUGAAAAACAUCGACCUGGACAUCCAAGGAACUAUCCAGUUCACCAACGACACCGACUACUGGCAAGCCAACUCUUUCUAUCAGACAUUCCAAAACGCCACCACGUUCUUCCAACUAGGCGGCGAGGACGUGAAUGUGUACGGUGGCGGCACCAUCGACGGGAACGGGCAGGUGUGGUACGACCUCUACGCCGCCGACAUCUACAUCCUGCGCCCGAUCCUCUUUGGCACCAUCGGUCUGAAGGGCGGCGUCAUUUCGGACCUGAACCUCCGCUACUCACCGCAAUGGUACAACCUCGUCGCCAACAGCUCCGGCGUCAUCUUCGACAACAUCAACAUCGCCGGCGGUAGCAAGAGCAGCAAUCCUGCGAAGAACACCGAUGGCUGGGAUACUUACCGCAGCGAUAACAUCGUCAUUCAGAACAGCCACAUCGACAACGGGGACGACUGUGUGAGCUUCAAGCCCAACAGCACCAAUAUUGUCGUGCAGGGUCUGCAGUGCAAUGGCAGUCACGGCAUUUCCGUUGGUUCGCUGGGCCAGUAUGUCGGCGAGGUCGAUAUUGUCGAGAACAUCUACGUCACCAACAUAACCAUGUCCAACGCGUCCGACGGCGCGCGCAUCAAAGUCUGGCCCGGCUCCGCGAGCGCGCUCUCGGGCGACCUGCAAGGCGGUGGCGGCAGCGGUCGCGUCAACAACAUCACGUACGACGGCAUGACCCUCUCGAACGUCGACUACGCCGUGGAAAUCACGCAGUGCUACGGCCAGAAGAACCUGACGCUGUGUAACGAGUACCCGUCCUCCCUGGUCAUCGAGAACGUGGCCGUCCGGAACUUCAAGGGCAUGACCAGCAAGAAGUACGAUCCACUCGUCGGCUACCUGGUGUGCUCGAGCCCAGAUACUUGCCACAACAUCACGGUGCAGGGUAUGGAGGGCGUCAAGAGUCCCAAGGGGAACAGCCAGUUCACCUGUGCCAAUAUCGAGGAGAGCGGGCUGCAUGUGAACUGCACGGGCAGUGGGACCAAGGGAGGGAACUCAUAG